AUGGACGAUAUUGAUGAUGUAGAGGUAGAGGUAGUUAGUACAAGAAAGCCUGAACAACCGACUGAAUUAUCAAAAACAUCUUCAGCUCUCGCACCAUCAGCAAAAUUCGAUCGUCUUGAUAAUAUUAUCAAAGUUCUAUUAAGUCAUGUUUAUUUUGGAGUGACGAAAGAAAAAUGUAUGAUGGCAAAAACUUUUACAGAUAUGGGACUUUUAUUUAGACCAGCUUCUCGUCAAGUUUCCAUCUGCUUUCGUAGAAUGAGAGAUGAAGUUGUAAUUCCAUUCGGUGAAGUAAUUAAGUGUGAACUUGUUAGCGAAAGGGAAUUAGUAGUAAAAUUAAGAUCAGAUUUUACUAGAGCGUAUUAUUCUCAUCCUGACGGAUUUCCAUAUAAAAAAGAACCCGUUCUAUUAAAUAAUGAUCCAACUAAUGCAACUAAUGGGUAUUUUUCAGGUGUUAAUCAAUUACUUAUAAGAUCAUACCACGCAACAGAUUUCGAUUUUCUUUCAGAACAUGGGUUUAAAAUAAAAAGUGAAAAUCUUCACAAGAAAAAAACAAAUGAAUUUGUUGAAAAUCCAAUCGCAUCAACAUCAUCAUCCAACGGUAUUCAAAUGUUACGACAAUCAGUUGAUAAUUCGAUAAAGAUUUCACCUCAACAACCUCAACAAGAAACUUCACCCAAACUUGUGAUUGAAAAUUAUGUCGCAGUUACUCAAAAAAUAGUUAGCAAAACUAAGACAGUUACCAAAAGUUUUAGAGCACAAUCUUCAAAGUUCUCGAGAAAUAUCUCAUCAACAUUUCAACCAUCAACGCCUCAAAAUGAGUCUAAUUUGCAAAAUUCAAUUCAAUCAAAAAAAACUGAGCUUUAUCUCACAUGCACUUUCGCAAGUGAAAAACGAGCAUUUAUUUAUCCCCCGGAUGGAACAUUGUAUCACCUUCAUUUUGCUAUUCGUCAAAGAUUUAAGAAACAUCAAUGGAAUAACACUUGGUUCAAAACUAAUAAAUCUAAUGAAGAUGGUUCUUGGUACCCAUUGGAAAGUGAAGAUGAUUGGAAGAAUUUUUUGAAUAAUUUCUGGACGAUGUCAGUUGUUGGCAGUUGCUACAGCAAUUAUUAUUAUGCAAAGCCUCCUAACUAUUGUAUAGAAAGUCCAAGUAAAUCUUACGAACAUUAUGAAUCACAUUAUGAGGAUAAUAAUUAUGAUAAAUACGAUAAAAGGGAUGCGGAUCCUUUUGCAGAGGAAAUGCGUCGUUCAGGUUUAAUUCAAUUUCGCAAAAGGGAUUCUGACCCUUUCCACAAAAGGGAUGCUGAUUCUUUUAACAAAAGGGAUGUCGAUUCUUCACGCAAAAGGGACGCUGAUUCUUUACGCAAAAGGGAUGCUAAUUCUUUUCAUAAAAGGGAUGGUGAUAAUCAAAAUAAAAGGGAUGGUGAUUCUCAAAAAAGGGAUGCUGAUUCUUCUCGCAAAAGAGAUGCUGAUUCUUCUCUAAAGAAAAGAGGUCUCUUCAAACGUGAUACUACAUCAGAUAAUUCAACACAGACAACUACAGGUUCCACGAGCACACAACCAACACCAACACCAACAGUAUUAACUUUAGAGGAGCAGUUAUUGCAAAUCUCACAAAUUAUCGUCAAUCCACCUGAAGUGGAACUUGGUCCAGAUGGGUGGCCAGAUAAAAGUAUUUAUGAUCCAGCAAAUGAUUCAUUAUAUUGGUGGCGUAAUGAUCCUGUAUUAAAUCAGCAUCAUGAGCAUUGGCAUAUAGUGAUGAUCUCCGCUAUUAUUAAUGAAUCAAGAAAAGAUAGAGAAGGUGAAAAUUUUAUAUAUAUGCAUAGACAUAUGUUGGCAAGAUAUGAUGCUGAACGUCUUGGUGUCGGCUUUGAUAUAGUGGAUCCUUUAGUAGAUUAUUACACUCCAAUACCUGAGGCCUUUUAUCCUCCACCAUAUUUGGUGGAAGAUUUUGGUGGCAAAAAAGUUCCUUUUCCGGCUCGUCCAGCAAACCAAACUUUUCGUGAUAUUGUUAAUAAUGGUCAAGUAACGGUAUAUUCUGUCGCAUGGUUGACGCAUACAUUCGACGAACUUGAGAAAUGGAUUGAUGGAUAUACUGAUAGCGAACAUCCAGUUUCUCUAGAAUUGAAAGAUGAGGAUGCAACAAAAUUGGGUAGUGAAAUCGAACUUAUAUUACAUAACAUUGGGCAUUCUAUGCUCGGUUAUAUGAUGCAUCCAUAUUCUAUUGGUUACGCACCAAGUGUGCUUGUUGGUGCGCGAGCCGGAACACGUGACCCAUUAUUUUGGAGAUGGCACCGUCACAUAGACAACAUUUACAAAAAAUGGCAAGAUGCUUUGGGUCCUUCAGAUUUUCAUCACGAUGCUCCUAACGUUACCAUUAGACCACAUGAUAUAUACUUUGCGUUUACAGAUGUACUGCUUGAGGCCUACCCUGAAGGUCGAAAAGAUAAUUGGCAAAGUUUUGCUAAUAAAAUUUUUGGUGGUGAUAAUUUUGAUCGUGAUUUAUCAAACAGUACGUUUAUAACUAAUGAAUUACACACCAAGAUGAAAAAUAGAAUACUUGUUUGGAGAGAAGAUAAUUAUGAUAAAGAAAAUAUAACUUAUCUUUAUCCAAGAGAUUGGCAAUACUUUAUUCGCGUAAGGAAUGACAAAAACGAAACUAUAGCAGUUACAUUCCGUAUUUUCAUUGUCCCAGAAGAACUUGCCGAUUCUAGAGUUCAUUGGAUCGAACUUGAUAAAUUUAAAAGAUUUUUAAAACCUUAUGAAAAAACCGUAAUAGUACGUGAAUGUGAUAAAGCCAUCGAUAUUAGGAAACCUGCUCAAAAAACUGAAGCACAAAUGGAUUCAACACAAAUAACAAAUGAAACAAAAUUAAUCACUGCAGGUCAUGACGAGGGAGAAAUUGCUGAACUUUUAUUUUGUGAUUGUGGUUGGCCUUAUAAUUUAAUUAUACCGAGAGGAAAAAAAGAAGGAUUAAAUUUUAAACUUAUCGUUUUUAUUACUGAUGGUACUGAUGAUUUAGUUCCUACUUAUGAUGAGUGUGGAAGUACUUUACUUUGUGGUGCUCAUUAUUGGAAGGAUAAAAUUCCGGAUAUUAGACCUUUAGGAUAUCCAUUUGAUAGACCGUUUAAAAAUAAUUCUUAUAAACUAACUUUUGAGGGAUUAAGUAAUGCAGCUAUUAGAGAUUUUACUAUUGUAUGGACUGACACUGAUUUUCGAGAAGUCUAG